UAUGAAUCAGAUCAGUCAGGGAAGCAAACGUAAAACCACCCCUCUGCAAUCCGCAACAUUCUCCCGCCUCCGUCGCCUCGCGUCUCCGACCAUUACUGCCACCGGCUAAGAAGCUCCGUUGGAUUGCCUGUAGGAGGUGAAAUUCAUAAUCGAGCUUCUAAUUUAAUAGCAUUUUUGACCGAGAUGCGCUAGGUUUGCUUAAAUUAAAGAAUAGUCAACAAAAAAAGCCAUAAUAAUGGUGCCAAUCAGCCUUCCAAAAACCAGUGGCUUACGUUUACUUUCUUACUGCAAUCUCAGUGGCAUUCCCCUUCGUCCAUUUCUUCCCACAUGUUCUUCACCAUUACACUCUGCAUCAAAAGCAAAUGGAAAUAGACUCUCAACACCAAACCCUCCUUCUCUUUCUCUUUCCAUAUCCCCAUUACAAACCACAUCAAAAUCAACUACAAGAAUCUUCUGCACAUCCCAAACUGUAUCCACAACAACAACCGAUGACAACAAAGCAAAAGAUGAAGUUGUUGUUGAUAUGAUGAAGAUAAAAGACAUGGCAAACACACUAGACAUAAGGGUAGGGAAAAUCUUGAAAGCAUGGAGACACGAAGAGGCUGAUUCACUAUACGUUGAAGAAGUAGACAUUGGAGAACCAGAGCCAAGGAUAAUCUGUAGUGGGCUUGUGAAAUACAUCCCACUUGAACAAUUACAAGACAAGAAUGUAGUAGUUCUUGCUAACUUAAAGCCAAGAAACAUGCGGGGUGUGAAGUCAUCUGGAAUGUUAAUGGCUGCCUCUGAUGUGUCACAUGAGAAUGUUGAGUUGCUUGAGCCACCUGAAGGGGUAACCCUAGGAGAGAGGAUAUGGUUUGGGGGAGAAGAUGAUAAAGAAAAGCUACCUGAAGCUGCAUCACCUAAUCAGAUUGCAAAAAAGAAGAUAUGGGAACAAGUGCAGCCUCAUUUGUCUACAACUGCUUCUUGUGUUGCUACAUUAGGAGGUAUGCAUCUCAUGUUAACUUCUUCUGGUUCUGUGGUAAGUAAAAGUUUAUCAAAUGCAAAUAUAUCGUAAUUUAUCAUCAUGUGUUAUAUGUAUUAUGGAGUAGCAUUUUGGUUGUUUUCAGAUUGUGGUUUACUCCUUUGAUUUGUUAACUUUGUUACUUUUGGUUUUAUAAAGUUUGAGAGGAACACUAUAAAGAUUA